UCAACUCAUCAGACAUCAUACUCUGUCCCUAUUACAAUACUCUCUCUCUCUCUAUGUCUACACAUUCGAUUCCUUUUCUCCUGCUCAGAACUCCCCAUCUCCUUCUCUACAAGUUCUGUUCUUGAACCAGCGCUUCGAAUUCUGCAAGGCCUUUAUAUUCCUUUCGCAUUUACUCAUAUUUUAGAUUUCUAGGGUUUGGUUUUGCUCUUCUGAGCUGGACUAAAAGAAAACAAAAUCGAUGGAUUUGAGAGCAAUUACAGUCGAUUUGCAAGGUUAACUUAUGGUUUUGUUAGGGUUCUGAGCUCCCAGGAUGUUGGUGGCCCUUUCCAUGAUUAUUUGGCCCUGUUUGGUUCUUCAAUUCGGAGAAAAUUACAGUCUUGCGAAUUGUCGGUAGUUUAAAAUGAUUUGUUCUCUUUCAAGAGUUUCGUUGAAGCCGUAGCGUCUAAGGAAAUGGGGUUGUCAGCUUGAAAUUUGGCGGAACCAGGGUGUUCUGUAAACUUGGAAGAUCAUCUAAAAGUUUCUAUUUUAGAAAUUACUCAUUAGGAUUCACUUCAAUCUUCAUUCUGAAAUAUCUAGUGCUCAGAGAAAAAACUGAGAGAGGAAAACGUUGUUGUGCCUAAGGUUGCUACCACCCACUCUUUCUGAACAAUGUUCUCAUGGUGCUGAAUGGUGUUCUGAAGUUGAUAGGUGCAGCUGCCUAAAGGUGCUGAUUUUGUUGAGGAGGAUACUGUUGAGCAAACCUUUUCAUCAUCUUAUUAAUCCUAACUUUGAUUCUUGACCUGGUGUAUGCAUUUUGGCCUAAGUAACUCACCCUCUUUUUGUAACUUUGGAGUGUUGAAGUUGGGACAACAUAUCCAUUAUUUCAUUUUUUUUAUUAAAACAUGCCUUCAUGGUGGGGGAAGUCUUUAUCUAAAGAAGUAAAGAAGAAAACACACAAGGAAAGUUUUAUUGAUACAUUACAUCGUAAGUUUAAAAUUCCUUCUGAAGAAAAAAGUAACAGCAGAUCAUGUGGGUCUCGAAGACAUAGCAGUGAUGUGGUUUCUGAAAAGGGAUCUCUAUCCCGAGUGGAGUCAAGAUCACAAUCACCCUCCACACAAGUAUCACGGUGUCAAAGUUUUGCAGAAAGGUCUCUUGCACAACCACUUCCACUCCCUGGGUUGCACCCUGCAAGCAUUGGACGCACAGAUUCUGGGAUCAGCAUAACAAAACCAGGAUUGGAGAAAUAUGCUAAGCAUUCAUUACAUACCCUCCCUAAACCUGGUUGUAUUCCACACAGGCCAGAUGUGACAGAUGUGGAUGGAGAUCUGGCUACUGCAUCAAUUUCUAGUGAUUGCUCAAUUGAUAGUGAUGACCCAGUUGAUUCACGUCUUCUUAGUUCCCAGGCAAUUGACAACGAAAAUGGACCAAAAACUGCCUUGAGCAGUCCUUCCAGUUUGAUGCACAAGGAUCAUUCUCUUACCUACAAUCGAAAGGGCUCAAGAGAGGUGCCAAAGUUAGUUAGCCCAUUGUUCAAUAAUCAAGUACUCUCUACAUCACCUAAAAGGGGGCCCUUGAGCUCUUAUGCACCAAAUUUACAGAUCCCACAUCAUGGUGCUUUCGGGAGUGCUCCAGACAGCUCAUUGUCAAGCCCUUCUAGAAGUCCUAUGCGAGUAGUUGGUGCUGACCAGAUGACAAGCUCUGCUUUUUGGGGAGGAAAACCUUUUGGUGAUGUUGCAUUUGGUGGUUCUGGCCACUGCUCUAGUCCAGGUUCGGGUCAUAAUUCUGGACAUAAUUCAAUGGGAGCAGAUUUGUCUGGACAGUUAUUUUGGCAGCACAGCAGGGGCAGCCCUGAGUGUUCUCCAAUACCUAGUCCCAGAAUGACAAGUCCUGGUCCUAGCUCACGAAUUCACAGUGGUGCUGUUACUCCCCUGCAUCCACGGGCAGGAGGUGCAGCCAUAGAAUCACCAACAAGCUGGCAAGAUGAUGGAAAACAGCAAAGUCACCGUUUGCCUCUUCCUCCUAUAACAAUUUCCAAUUCUUCUCCUUUUACUCCUACAACUUCAGCAGCAUGCAUGUCUCCUUCAGUCCCACGAAGCCCAGGGAGGGCAGAGAAUCCAACAAGCCCUGGUUCACGGUGGAAGAAGGGAAGGCUGCUAGGCAGAGGAACAUUUGGCCAUGUUUAUGUUGGUUUUAACAGUGAGAGCGGUGAGAUGUGUGCAAUGAAGGAGGUUACACUAUUUUCUGAUGAUGCCAAGUCAAGGGAAAGUGCAAAGCAGUUGAUGCAAGAAAUUUCUCUUCUGAGUCGCUUGCGACAUCCAAAUAUAGUGCAGUAUUAUGGGACUGAGAUGGUAGAUGAUAAAAUGUAUAUAUACUUGGAGUAUGUAUCUGGUGGUUCUAUUUAUAAGCUUCUUCAGGACUAUGGACAGUUUGGUGAACUAGCAAUUCGUAGUUAUACUCAGCAGAUACUUUCGGGCCUUGCAUAUUUGCAUGCUAAGAACCAUGUCCAUAGGGAUAUUAAAGGGGCAAAUAUACUUGUAGACCCCAAUGGACGUGUGAAGUUAGCAGAUUUUGGAAUGGCAAAACAUAUUGCUGGGCAGUCAUGUCCUUUAUCAUUUAAGGGAAGCCCUUACUGGAUGGCACCUGAGGUUAUUAAGAAUGCGAAUUGCAAUCUUGCUGUUGAUAUAUGGAGUCUUGGGUGUACUGUUCUGGAGAUGGCUACAACAAAACCACCUUGGAGCCAAUAUGAAGGGGUUGCUGCUAUGUUUAAGAUUGGGAAUAGUAAGGAACUUCCAGCAAUCCCUGAUCAUCUCUCAGAUGAGGGCAAAGAUUUUUUAAGGCAAUGCUUGCAACGCAAUCCGCAAGAUCGUCCUACAGCUACUAAGCUUUUAGAGCAUCCUUUUGUGAAAAAUGCAGCGCCACUGGAAAGACCUAUUCUGGACCCUCCAGAAGCACCUCCAGGAGUUGCAAAUGUAGUGAGAUCUCCGGGAGUUGGUCAUGCAAGAAACCUUUCCUCCUUGGACUCAGAAGGAAUGGGGGUUCAUCAGUCCAGAGGUGUGAAAAAUGGUUCAACAUUCAGUGAUAGCCAUAUGCCAAGGAACAUUUCCUGUCCAGUUUCUCCUAUUGGAAGCCCACUUCUACAUUCAAGGUCACCAAGGAUGUCUCCUUCUCCGAUAUCCAGCCCUCAUACUAUGUCUGGCUCAUCCACACCUCUCACUGGUGGAAAUGGUGCCAUCCCAUUUCAUCAUCUGAAGCAGUCAGCUUACAUGCAUGAUGGAUUUGGAAGCAUGCCUAGGUCCCCAAACAGUAUGUAUGUCAAUGGUUCCACCACUUUCCAUGACCCCAGACAAGAUCUAUUUCGAGGAAUGCAGCCAGGUUCUCAGGUCUUUCGUGAUUUAGUGUCAUCUGAAAGUGAUGCUCUUGGAAUGCAGUUUGGAAGACAUGCCCAUGGGGACUCAAGGGAAUUUUAUGAUGGACAGUCAGUGUUGGCUGAUCGUGUAUCUCAGCAACUUCUGAAAGAUCAUGUGAAAUCGAAGCCAUCUCUAGACCUUAGCCCUGUCUCUCCAAUGCUGGGCCGCAGUAAUGGUAUCUAACUUCAUGUAUACCUGAUCGUUUGAAAAAGCUGUUGAUCAUAUCAGAUUAUUUUUCCUGAUUUUGGCAACAUUGGUUUAUGAACAUAUUAUUGGUUAAGGAAACCCAUUUGUAUAAUAAGGAGCAAAGGUGGAAAUAUGUGAAA